AUGUGUAUUGCAUUGUUAAUAUUAUUUUUGACAAGUUUUGGAAUAUGCGAAAGUGGUAAAAAAAAUGGCGGAACGAUUGUUUUUCCAGAAUCGUCAGAGAAUUCAAUUUCUGAUGUUGAAGAAUUAUUUCAAAAUUUGAUCGAACCAUUCAACUCUGAUAACGGUGAUUUACCUGUUGGUAUUUCCGCUCGUUUAGGAUCAGAAAAUAUUGAAAGAAAUGCUUUAAAAACGGCUAAAAUGGCAAAAUGCAUGCCAGAAUUAAGAACAGUGCCAUUAAAACCUGAUAAAACAACGGCCACCUUUUAUUAUCCAUCUUGCACAAGAGUGGAAAGAUGCGGCGGAUGCUGUUCUCAUCAUUUAUUAUCUUGUCAACCCACAGAAUCUGAAAUAAUACCAAUGAGUGUCGUAGUUGCUGAUUAUUUGGGUGGUAAUAAAUUACAGUUCAGAGGGAAAAAAAUUAUCGAAGUUGAACAGCACACAAAAUGCAAAUGCGAAUGCAAAAUAAAACCUGAGAAUUGCAGCAGGUACCAAAAAUACAAUCCAGAUAAAUGUCAGUGUGAAUGUACAAACAACGAUGAAGAAAAAAAAUGCAGCGAAGAAAAAUCUAAAAAAAUAUGGAAUAGUGACAAUUGCAGUUGUAUGUGCAGGGAGGAAUUAGAAUGUGGGUCUGGAUUUUUCUUUGAUCCAUUUACUUGCAGGUAG